AUGUUUAAAAAACUAAUACUACUUGCCUUCAUAGCGCCAGCAAUAAAAUGUCAGCAGCAAAGUAAAGACAGCUACAAGGAAAACUAUGGCUUAUACAACAACGUGUACAACUUUCCAAAUGACUCAACUACAGAGAAUGCUGGCGGUUAUAGUGUAAUAGAGAAUCUCAUCAAGCAAACGGAGAACGGACUCGAGAUCCCCUUGCUGCUAAAAAGAAAUGAAAGCUUUUAUGGUCAAGCCAUCCAUGAUUUGAUAGUAAAAGUAGAUUACGAGACAAGCGAAAGACUUCAUGUCAAGAUAUAUGAUACAGAGCAAAAGCAAGUGCAAGUACCGGACUCUCCACUGGGUUUGGUACGCCCUCAUGCUCAGACUACGGCAGGCAAUCGUCGCAAGAAGACCACAGGCAACUACAAGUUCACAUACACAAAUAACUCUCACUUUGGAUUCCAGAUCACCCGUCAAUCAGACAAUGCCAUCUUGUUUGACACCACUGGUCUUCCUCUGCUUUUCGAGGAUCAGUAUCUCGAGAUUUCAACACGUCUGCCUGACACCAACAUAUACGGCAUUGGAGAGACGAUUGCACCCUUCAAACGCACGCACAAUGUCACCACGUUAUGGCCCAGAGAUGCGCACGACAAGUACCAAAACAUGUACGGCGCGCAGCCAUUUUACAUGGAUAUACGGCCCAACGGCACUGCAUCGGGCACCUUUUUACUGAAUGCACAUGGUAUGGACAUUGUCACCACGGAGAAUCGCAUCACCUAUAAAGCCAUUGGCGGUGUGCUAGACUUUUACUUUUUUGUUCCCAACGAUGGUCAGCCAAAUUCAGUCGUCCAAGCGUACACUACACUAGUAGGAAAACCCAUGAUGCCCUCCUUGUGGAUGCUGGGCUAUCAAAAUUGUCGCUACAAGUAUCCUGACAUGGAUCAUGUGGAGAGGGUAGUUCGUUUACACAAUGAACACAAUAUACCUUUAGAGACACAGUGGAUUGACAUUGACUAUAUGGAUGCUUGGAAGGACUUUACGUUUGAUUCCAUCCAUUUUCCUCGAGAUCGCAUGGUGCAGUUCUCGGAUCACCUACACAUCAACAGCCAAAAGUUUGUCGUCAUGGUGGAUCCAGCCAUUGCAGUGGAUGAUCACUAUGCGCCGUACACCCGAGGCCAGGACAUGGGCGUGUUUCUACAGAAUGCUGAUGGAACAGAAUACAAAGGCUUUGUCUGGCCCGGCUACACUGCCUUUCCAGAUUGGUGGCAUCCCAAUGUAACAGACUACUGGCACACAUUGAUUAUCGACUGGAUGCAGCUUCUCAAAUUAGAUGGCUUGUGGAUUGACAUGAAUGAGCCAUCUUCCUUUUGCUUGGGAUCUUGCGGAUCGCUAGGUGAGCCACAUCCCACUGUGUCGCCUUGGAUGAACAAUUUGACAGAGCAACUGCGGCUGCAUACACUGCAGGAAAGUGCUUUGAAUGCAAUGCCUACGCCUGAAGGAGAGACGAGAAACCUCUUGUACCCAAAGUAUACCAUCAACAAUGGCGCUGGUAACUUGUCAGAGAAAACGGUAGCGAUGAAUGCUAGGCAUUAUGGCAAUGUGUCGCAUUAUGAUCUACACAACUUGUACGGUCAUGCAGAGGGCUACAUCACACGAGAGGCCAUCAAAAAGUACAAUGCAUCCUCGAGACCCUUUUUGCUCAGUAGAUCCACCUUUGCUGGUAGCGGUCAAUACAUGGGACAUUGGACAGGCGACAUAAUGUCUUCUUGGGAUGACCUCAAGACCUCUAUUGCCGAUGUGCUCAACUUUCAAAUGUACGGAAUCAGCUACUCUGGUGCUGAUAUAUGUGGUUUCGUAGGCAACACGACUGAGGAAUUGUGCACGCGUUGGCAAUCGCUAGGGGCGUUCUAUCCAUUUGCUCGUAACCACAACGGAGAGGGUACCAUUGAUCAAGAGCCCUAUUUAUGGGAAUCUACAGCUGAGGCUACGCGUCGGGCACUGGCUGUCAGGUAUGCACUACUACCCUACUUGUACACCCUGUUUGAGGAAUCACAUCGCUUAGGUACAGGCGUCUGGCGUCCUCUGAUCUUUGAAUACCCUCAAUAUGCAACUGAUUUUGCCGAAAACGAUCAGCAGUUCUUGGUAGGCACAGAUAUACUUGUGUCUCCUGUCUUGACGCAAAGUGAACGCAGUGUCCAAGCUCAGUUUCCACCAGGACUCUGGUACGACUGGUAUAAUUACACUCUGAUCAACAGCACAAGCACAGCUGCUACUCAAAUCGACGCACAGUUGACGCAUAUACCUGUGCAUAUUCGAGGCGGUGCUGUCAUUGUCACAAAAACGCCUAAAUUACUUGUCGUAGAGACUUAUGCCACAGCGUUUCAUCUUUUGAUUGCGUUGGAUCAAAAGCAGCAGGCGUAUGGAAGAUUGUACAUGGACGAUGGACAUUCUGUGGAACCGACUCUCAAAUCCAACGUCAAUUUCAUCUUUAUCAACAACACACUUGUUAUCAAUGGCCAGUUUGGCUACCUGGAUGCAGAGAGCAUCGGUAAUAUCACCAUUCUACAUGGUGACCGUGAUAGUCUAUCUUAUUCAAAUGCAACUAUCAUCAGAAACAACAAUCCGGACAAAGUGUAUAAUGCAACAACAUAUGAUACACAUACCACAUUCGUUACAGAUGGCUCAUUAUCACCAACUCAAGGUUAUUCAAUAAAGUUUCAGUGA